AUGGGUGUUGAUGAUUAUGAAUUGGAGGCAUUUGCUGGCCGUGGUGCGUUUGGGGACGUCUACAGGGCCCAUUCAUUGAAGCACAAUACUAUAGUCGCAAUUAAGGUUAUUAACUUGGAGGAAACCUCUGACGAUAUCAAGACAUUUGUGCUGGAAAUCCAUUUCCUAUCACUGUUGAGAUCCGAGUAUAUCACCAAAUAUUUUGAAACGAUUGUUCAGAGGACUACCAUUUGGAUCGUCAUGGAGUAUUGUGGUGGAGGCUCUUGCUACGAUUUAUUACGGUGCCACAAGAAGUUUAGCGAAGAAGUUACAGCCUAUAUUAUUAGGGAUGUGCUCAGAGGUUUGAGUUACCUCCACAAUCAGAAAAGAGUCCACAGAGACAUUAAGCUGGCCAAUAUUUUGCUCUCCUCCGACGGGAAAAUCAAGUUGGCCGAUUUUGGUGUUAGUGGAGAGAUUACUAUGACCCACUUGAAGAGAGAAACGUUUGUGGGCACUCCGUUCUGGAUGGCACCUGAAGUCAUUGCCGCUAGGGACAUGGGUCAUGACCAAAAAGCCGAUAUAUGGUCAACUGGUAUCACCACCAUUGAACUCAUUACAGGAGAAGCCCCUCUAUCCGGACAAGAUCCCCGAAAAAUCAUCUUUGACAUUCCCCGGCGCAAACCACCAGUGUUGACUGGAAUCAACUUCAGCGAAAAUAUCAAGAACUUCGUCAAGUACUGUUUGGUCAAAGACCCCAAAAAUAGACCCAGUGCCAACACCUUAUUGCAUCACCGAUUUAUCACUGGAGUCAGAAGGCAUGUCAACAUUAUCCAAUUAAUCAAAGAAAAAGACGAGUGGAUGAAGACAUCCAAAAGAAAGGUCAGAAGACCGAGAAAUGAGCUACAGUUGGAUGAAACAACCACAUCUCAGAUGAUAAAUUGGAAUUUUGAUUCCACCCGGAUAGGAGCUCCAUCGAUUGUCAGUAGGAAGGUAAGCCCUAUGGCUUUGGACUCUUUAGAGCUUUCUUUUGAUAUUCCAUUCAAACUGUCUUCGGAGCUUUCGCUGCCAGAGACUCCAUUGCUGCUGGGACAAAUUCAAAAUGACCACCUUCCUUCCGACCAAUUGUCGCCCAAUUCUUCCCCCCAACCAGCCUACACCUAUACCAGUUGUUUCUUUUACUGUAUGAAACGGGUGGAGGAACGGGCCAAUUUACCGUCGACAAAAAGAGCAGUGGGGGAAUUGAUUAAGGAUCUUGUUUUAUAUGAGAAUGACCAACCGGGAAUUUGCUACGCUAUCUUUGAAGAGAUUUUGAAGUUUAAACAUGUGGUUGGAGAAUAG